UAGUCAACCGGCAAACAAGUGGGUGAAAAUGUUGUGUAUUAUUCUUAGCUGUCUGGCAAGUUUCCUAAGCGUAGUGUAUCUGUUUUUAACAUGGGAGUUUAAUAAAUGGAAGAAAAUGGGAAUCAACGGACCAAAACCACAAGUGCUGUUUGGAAAUGUUCCCAACUUAUUGAAAAAAAAGAGGAACACAUAUUAUGACUUGGAGAAAAUUUACAACGACUACAAAAACGAACCCGUGGUUGGCUACUUCAGCUUGCGUACCCCACAGCUGAUGAUUCGAGAUCCAGAACUCAUAAAGGAGGUACAAUCGAAGAGCUUCAACCACUUCAAUGCCAACCAAUUCUCCGACCUAGUUGAUGAGAAAUCAGAUCCGUUGUUCGCCCGAAACCCGUUCAAUCUUUCCGGGGAAAAAUGGAAGAUAAGAAGAGGAGAAAUCACUCCAGCGUUCACAAAUAAUCGCAUAAAAGCCCUUUACACGUUGAUGGACGAGGUAUGCAUUCGAAUGACUGAAUACGUAAACAAGCAAAUCAAAUUGAAUGGAUCGACAUUCGAUAUCAAAGAAUUGAUGGCCAAAUAUACGACAGAUGUCGUGUCCAACUGCAUCUUUGCCAUCGAUGCGCAAUCAUUCACCAAGGAGAAACCUGAAAUCCGAGAAAUGGGACGUCGAAUUAUGGACUUUAAUCUCAUUGCACAGUUCGCACUGGCCGCGUUAACAUUCUUCCCGUCAAUCGUUAAGGUCUACAAAUUCUCACUUCUUCCUAAAGAUGUAGAGGAAUUUUUCAUUCGCAUAAUGAGUGAUGCAAUUCGCCAUCGGAAACAAAACAACGUUGUUCGGAACGACUAUUUGGAUCAUCUUCUCUCAUUGGAAGCGAAGAAAAACAUUUCAGAGCUCGACAUUGCUGGUCACGGUGUUUCGUUCUUUGCGGAUGGAUUUGAAACGUCCAGUUCGAUAAUGAGCUACUGUCUGUUUGAUUUGGCAUCACAUCCUAAAGCCCAGAAGCACUUAAGAGAAGAAAUCCGCCAUGUUCAAACCAGUAAGGAAGGCUUGACAUACGAAAAUUUGGGAGAAAUGAUUUACCUGGAUCAAGUCCUGAAUGAAUCACUACGUCUUCAUGCCAUUGUCCCAACGCUGGGGAAAAAUUGCACGCAGGAUAUUGUUUUGAUCGGAUCCAAGGGCAAGAAAAUUCCCGUUACCAAAGGUACAACAGUUACGAUUCCGUUUUUCGUUCAUCUUGACCCAGAACAUUACGAUGAGCCGAAAAAAUUCAAUCCGGAGCGCUUUGCACCGGAAACCGGUGGCACCAAACCGUACAGAGAGAAGGGAGUUUUCAUGCCGUUUGGAGAAGGACCCCGAAUGUGUAUCGGAAUGCGUUUCGCUCUGGCACAAGCAAAGAGGGGCAUCGUAGAGAUCAUAGACAAAUUCGAACUCACUGUCAAUCUGAAAACAAAGGUUCCAUUUGAAUAUGACCCCAAAAUGAUCUUAUUGUAUGUGGCCGGGGGAAUUUGGCUGGACCUAAGACCUUUAAAUUCAUAAUCACGUAGCAUAUUUUUACGCAUCAAAUUUUACCAUAUCUAUGGAAUGGAAAAUACGCCAUAGGCAAACAUGCUUUAUUUUAUGUAAUAAAUAUGUAGACUAUCGAAAUAUGACAAUUUUCACAGACACUACUGAUCGGAAAGCUAUUUUCAAAGCUUUUUUUCACUUUGCACGAAGUUACAAUUACAAUUCACUCAAAAUACAAUUCACUCAUUUAAAUUAAAUACCUAUUGAAUUAUUCCAAUAAGCCUAGAUCAUAUAAAGGCGGAAUUACAAGGCAAUAUGUGCAAAACUAUGAGAACAUGCGUUUUCAAUUUUCUCGGAAAUUUUUAUUUUUACAAACUAAGAUGCAAAUGAAAGGUCUUGGAAUUAUUUAAAAAGUCCUCCAGAAGUUGAUACAGAUCCGACUUUCGGUUCCGGCAUUACAAUGCGAUAAGUAAAAAUUUUCAAUUUCAUGAAUAUUUUUUACAAGCGAUUGCGAAACGAGGUGCAUAUUUUUAUAAAAUUUAUAGGUAAAUUCAUCUAGUAGGCAGAUUCUGUUAGUUAGUGGAUAUAUAAAUAUACUUUGGGACUACUAGUCCCCGGUUUCCACUUCCGAACGCACCAGUAAUAGUGAAGAAAAGCUCCAAAACCGCAACUCACUUUGAUUUCUCAGCAACGAUUAGACCGAUUUUCACGAAUCAUGAUUCAAAUCAAAGCUCCCAGUGUCUUUAAAAUAUACUGUGCAAUUAUAGGGCAAUGACUAUCAAAACUAUCAAACUGUCAUACAAAAUGAUGCAAAAUCGGUACAGAUCGGUACGUGCUGGGACGGAAGAAGAAGAAAACGCGCCCACCUAGCUCACAGCGUUACCUUGGUAUUACAUUGCUGUAGAGGAAUUUGACCUUCUGUUUCAACAGACUUCGCAGCCGAUUCAGAGGGUACAGAACCAUUGCAUGGUUGGUGCUACAUAGCUCAGAGCGUGCUAUGUUCAAUUUUGUAUAGCGUGCAGGAUUGCCACAUUUGAAUCUUUAUUAACUUGAUAUAACUGUUUACAAAUUGAAAAGGUGAUGGUAGUUUAUAGGCUAACUGCAUAUCUCGAAAUAGCGAUUAAAGCGACACCUUGUGAUGGCUGGCGUCGUCAGCGUGGUACUCUGUAAUAUUCUUAACCAGGGUUUUACAAGUUAAACUCGACUAUUUUAAUUAAUAUUAUUUGCAUAAUCAGAUGAAGUAUAGCACGGUUAUUGAACAUCUCUUUCAAACUGUAAAA